AGUUAGCACGUCAGCAGGCUACGUCAGCAGACCACGUCAGCAGGACACGUCAGCAGUGCCACGUCAGCAGCAAGGGAUACCACAUCAACAGGCCCCCCCCGCCCGGUCUAUGCUGUUGCGAUCUCAAACAGCAGUCAUGGACCAGAGGCCGGGGGAAGCAGACGAGGCCUAUCAGGCCCGCAUGCUAGCCUGGAGUACCGAGACUAAGAAACGGGCAGAUGACGCUGCAGCAGCAGCGAAGAAGAAGGCAGAAGAUGCCGAGCAGGCACGUCUGCUGGCACUUGAACAACAGCGCCAGCAUGACGAGGCAGCAGCAAGGGCUGCCGAUGAGGAAAGAGUCCAGCGUCGUGAGAAAAUAUUUACCGGAGAGCGGGCGUUACUUACCAUGGCAGCGGAAUGUCGGACCGAGGUCGAGAAUAACCAGUUGGAGGACAGCGCAAACAAGAUAGCGCUCCUCCUCUCGCAUCUCACGGAUCUCCUGGCAACCUGCAUUACACAGCAGGCAGAGAUCCUUGGUCUCGACAGAUCGCNCGCAAACAAGAUAGCGCUCCUCCUCUCGCAUCUCACGGAUCUCCUGGCAACCUGCAUUACACAGCAGGCAGAGAUCCUUGGUCUCGACAGAUCGCUAGCUCAGCUCCAAGACCGUUUUCAGCGGUUGGAGCAGCGACCAGUCGCCGCCGCCGACGCAGGCUCGUCCAAUACUGCCGACCGCCUCAGUGCCUUGGAGAUGCACGUCGACUCACUCCAGGAUGGCGCACAGUUACAGCUCACUGCGACGCAACAGUUGCAGCAGCGGGUCUAUACCACCGCCACUACCUCGAGUUGGGAGCCUCGCGAGUCAACUCCAAAGUUUGACGGGCAGGAGAUCUUCUGCGACGCCAUGAAGAUAUAUCCGAUUCCAUGGUUUCGCAACUUCGAGCUCACGCUGCAGCUCCACAAUGUCAAGGAACACAAGCAUCAUGCCUACUUGUACUCUCGCUCAGGGGGCGCGUGUCAGGCUUGGUUGGACAACCUGUUGUCCAAGUACGGAGUGGUAGCUAACGACUUGCACACCAAGAUCACCUGGGAUGAUCUGAAGGCGGCAUGGCACAUGCGGUUCCAGGUGGAGCCGCCAGAGAUCAAAGCCAUGGACAAGCUCAUGGUCUUCGAGCAAGGCACGCUGCCGAGUACGGACUGGAUCGCCGAGUACCAACGCUUGACGUCAAUCCCAGACAUCCAGAUGGGCUUCAAGGCCAUCCGCCACUACUUCAUCUCAAGGUCAUGUCCGGCAUUGAGCAAUGCCCUGACGCAUGUCGAGGAUACCUUGACGACGACGGCGGAAUUAUUUGACAAGGCUGCGCAGAUCAUCGUCACGAACAAGGAGGCCAAGAACCUCCGUUCAUCUGUGUCAGGCCCGAGUAGGGACCAGCAUCGGCCAAGAGUGGCCGUGGUCGCAGCCGCAACGCCGCUAGACCAAACCAGCGAGGCUGCAUCUGCCAGUGAAGGAGACAGAUUCGCAGCCGCCCGGGAAGGUGGCUGCACCGGCAGAGGCCGAGGGCGCGGCAAGACGAAGACACACACCGAUCAUCUUGGACAUCUUCGACGAGUGUUGGAGACGCUCCGCCGUGCCAAGUUCAAGGCCAACCGCGACAAGUGCGAAUUUGUCCAGCAAGAGCUGGAAUACUUGGGCCAUUUUGUCACACCGGAAGGCAUCAGUCCGCUAUCGGACAAGAUUCAGGCCGUCCAAGAGUGGCCGGAGCCUCGGAACGUCACGGAUGUCCGCUCGUUCCUCGGUCUUACCGGCUACUAUCAGCGCUUCAUCAAAGGCUACUCCAAGAUCGUGGCCCACUUGAACAAGCUUCAGUGCGAGGAUCGGCCGUUUGACUUCGGAGAGGAGACGCGAGGAUCAUUCUUCGCUCUCAAAGCCGCGCUAUUGUCUGCGGAGGUCUUGCGAAUCUACGACCCGCUCGCGCCUACGCAUGUCACUACGGAUGCGUCAGGCUAUGGCAUUGGUGCAGUCCUCGAGCAACAUGAUGGUGUGGACUGGCACCCGGUCGAGUACUUCAGCAAGAAAGUGCCCCUCGUGCAUUCCAUUGACGAUGCACGCAAGAAGGAGCUCCUCGCCUUCGUCCACGCACUCAAACGGGAAGCGAUUGCCAUGGACAUUACCGGCCCGUUCCCCAAGCACAAGACCGGCAUGGAUGGGAUUCUCACGGUGGUCGACCGACUCACCAAGUUCGCCAUGUUUCUGCCUUGUCGCUAUCAUGCCAAGGCACCGGAGUUGGCCGAGGUUCUUUACGCCGGUUGGAUUCGAACCAAGGGUUACCCCAAGGAAAUCGUCUGCGACCGCGACACUCGGUUCAUGUCCGAUUUUUGGUUGGCACUCAUCAAGCGAUGGGGCUCAUCUCUCAAGCCCAGUUCAGCUCGCCACCCUCAGACCGAUGGCCAGACGGAGAGGGCGCAUCAGACCGCACAGGUUCUCCUUCGCACUCUCAUCCGCCCCGACCAGAAGGACUGGGUUGAGCGGCUGCCGGAUGUCGAGUUGGCCUACAACUCAUCUAUCCACCCGACUAUCGGGAUGUCGCCCUUUGAGUUUGAGCACGGCUCGCCGGUCACUUCACCGUGGGACACUAUUACUCCACGAACGGCCGAGAGCGACGACCAUCUUCUUUUCUUGCGUCGGAUGCAAGAGCUUCUUGUCAAGGCACACGAUCAGAUGGCUAAGACGCAGCAGCGCAUGAGCCAACAGGCCAAUCGCCAGCGUCUUCCUUGCCCAUUCCACGCAGGGGACCUUGUUUGGGUUUCCGCAGCGGAAUUCAGCCUUGAACAAGACAUCUCUCGCAAGCUCCUCCCGAAAUGGAUGGGGCCUUGGCCGAUCGUAGCGCCCGCUGGGGACGCACCCGAAGGACCUUCCUUCACGAUUCAGCUGCCUGGCCACUUGCCGGUCUACCCAGUCUUUCAUUGCUCCAAGUUGGCUCUUUACACGCCAGCGGAACAUGACGAUUUUCCCGGGAGACGUACGCAAGACCCACCUUCUAUGGACGGUUUUCAGGAGGUCGGCAACAUCAUCUCCCAGCGACGCUACGGCAACAAGCCAACUGAGUAUUUGGUCCAGAUCAGACCGAUGAAUACCAGAAUUCAGGUACCAGGGAGAGUUGAGGUGUCUGUGGGUGCUGCCCUACACUUUGGUUUGGCAGAGACUGCGGCAUGGGCAAGCCUAGAGCUGAUCUCAUCUGAGAUACACCUAAGGCACAACAGUCAUGUGAAGAUCCAUGGGACGGUCAACAUUAUGGCAGGCAAACUUACACUGGAUCAGUCAAGCAUAUCAAUUGAUGGUGGCGAGCUCUUUGGAAUAAACCUCACAAAUGCCAUCAAGACCAAGGAUCAGCUGUAGGCCUUAAACCCGCACUGGAGUAAUUGUGGCUGCAUGUAUAUACAACAGUGAGCUGAGAAAGCUGCAGAAGAAAAAACUAUGGGCUCUCACCUGAGCCCUCAUGAUUGCGCUCAGACUAUGCUAGCCACUUGGAAAACAAAAGUGUGGGGCUGGA